AUGUAUAUAAAUUUUCUAUUCUCUUCAGAUACAUCAACACAGAACUGUGAUUAUAUUAACAAUAAACAUUUCUUAACACGAGAAAAACUACAACAAGACGAUUAUCAACAAAAAACAAAGUUAUUACUUAAUGACACUUUUAAUAAAACACAAAUCGUAGAAGUACAAGAAGACAAAGAAGGAGAACAAGAAGAAGAACCAAAUUUUUCAAUAGAUAUGACAAACAAUGACAUUACUACUUUAUUAGAAGCAGAUGAAACGUCAACAAUUAGAUCAUGUCCAGAUUUUUAUCAGAGCCAAACAUCGAUAAAUAUUUAUGAUCAACCACCAGUACAUUCAAUUAGUCAAUGGGCAAAUGAUGAACUAUUAAAAUAUAUGAAAAUAUAA